AUGUUCUUUCACUUUUUUCCCAUUUUUCUAUCACGUUUUUCUUUUUCCUUUCACCUUUUUUCUUUCAUCUUUUUACUUUUCCUUUUUUCUUUUUUCUUUUUUCUUCUUCCUUUUUUUCACCUAAUUCCUUCACCUUUUUUUUUUCCUUUUUUUAUUUUUCCUUUUUUUCCCUUUUUAUCUUUUCUUUUUUCUUUUUCUUUCACUUUUUACUGUGCUUUUUUCUUUUCCUUUUUUCUUUUUCCUUUUUUUCACCUAUUUUAUUUUUCCUUUUUAUUUUUCCUUUUUUAUUUUUCCUUUUUUAUUUUUCCUUUUUAUCUCUUCUUUUUUUCUUUUUCCUUUUUCUUUCAUCUUUUCUUUCACCUUUUUUCUUUUCCUUUUUUCUUUUUCCUUUUCCUUUUUCACCUUUUCCUCUUUUCUUUUUCUAUCACCUUUUUUCUUUAUACUUUUUUCUUCCUCAUUUUUCUUUCACCUUUUUUCCUUUCUGCUUUUUUCUUUCUCCUUUUUUCGUUUUUUCUUUCUUUUUUUCCUUCACUUAUUUUCUUUUCCUUUUUUCUUUCGCCUUUUUUUCUAUUUUCUUUUUUCUUUCACCUUUUUUCUUUUUUCUUUUGUUUUUCUUUUCCUUUUUUCUUUCCUUUUUCUUUUUCUUUUUUCUUAUUCAUUUUUCUUUCCCCUUUUUCUUUUCUUCAUUCUCCUUUUUACUUUCGUCUUUUUUCUUUCUUCUUUUUCUUUCUCCGUUUUUCUUUUUCUUUUUUCUUUCACCUUUUUUUCUUUUACUUUUUUCUUAUUCGUUUUUCUUUCUCCUUUUUUCUCUUUUUCUUCCUCUUUUUUCUUUCAACUUUUUUCUUUUUUCUUUUCCUUCAUUCCAUCAUUCUCUUUUUAUUCGUUACUUCUUCAUGUUUUUUUUCAUUCUUUAUUCUUUCAUUCUUUUUCUUUACUUCAUUCUCUUUCUUAUUCUUUACUUCUUCAUCCACUUUUUCAUUCUUUUUUCAUUCAUUCUCGUUUUAUAUUUUUUACUCUUUAAUUCUCUUUUUGUCCUUUACUCUUUCGUUCUCUUUUUUAUUCUUUAUUCUUUCAUUUUCUUUUUUAUUCUUUACUUCUUCAUUCUCUGUUUUAUUUUUAUUCCUUCAAUCUCUUUUUAUUUUUUAUUCUUUCAUUCACUUUUAUUCUUUAUUCUUUCAUUCUCUUUUUAUUUUUUACUCCAUCAUUCUCUUUUCAUUCGUUACUCAUUCACGCUUUUUCAUUCAUUAUUCCUUCAUUUUUUUUUUGUUUACAUCUUCAUUCUCUUUUUUAACUUUCACUCCUUCGUUAACUUUCUUAUUUUUACUUCUUCAUUAUGUUUUUUAUUCUUUAUUCGUUCAUUCUCUUUUUAUAUUUAUUACUCCUUCAUUCUCUUUCUUGUCCUUUACUCUUUCAUUCUUUGCUUUAUUCUUUAUUCCUUCAUUCAUUCUAUUUUUUAAUCCUUCAUUCUCUGUUUUAUUCCUUCAUUCUCUUUUUUACUUUUUACUCCUUCAUUCUCUAUUUUAUUUUUAUUCCUUUAUUCUCUUUUUUUUUAUCAUUUAUUCAUUCACUCUUUUUUAUUCUUUUCACCUUCACACUCUUUUUAUUCAUUAUUCCUUAAUUCUUUUUUUACUCCUUCAUUCUCUUUUUACUUUUUACUCUGGCGUUCAUUUUCUUAUUCUUUACUUUUUUAUUCAAUUUUUAUUCUUUACUUCUUCAUUCGAAUUUUUAUUCCUUAUUCUUUCAUUAAUUUUUGUUUAUUUUUACUUCAUCAUCCUCUUUCUUAUUUCUUAUUUUUUCAUUCUUUUUUUAUUCUUUACUUGUUCAUUUUCUUUUAAUUCGUUACAACCUCAUUCUACUUCUUUUCUUUUAUUUUUCUUCAUUUUACUCUUUCUUCAUUUAUUUUCUUCCUUUUUUCUUCAUUUAUUUCCUUCCUUUUUUCUUCAUUUAUUUCCUUCCUUUUCUCUUCAUUUGUUUCCUUCCUUUUUCUUCAUGUAUUACCUUCCUUUUUUCUUCAUUUAUUUCCUUCCUUUUUUCUUCAUUUAUUUCCUUCCUUUUUUCUUCAUUUGUUUCCUUCCUUUUUUCUUCAUUUAUUUCUUUCCUUUUUUCUUCAUUUAUUUCCUUCUUUUUUCUUCAUUUAUUUUCUUCAUUUUUUUCAUUCAUUUCCUUCCUUUUCUCUUUAUUUAUUUCAUUCUUUUUUCUUCAUUUGUUUCCUUCCUUUUUUCUUCAUUUAUUUCUUUCCUUUUUUCUUCAUUUAUUUCCUUCUUUUUUCUUCAUUUAUUUUCUUCAUUUUUUUUAUUAAUUUCCUUCCUUUUCUCUUCAUUUAUUUCAUUCUUUUUUCUUCAUUUGUUUCCUUCUUUUUUUCUUCAUUUAUUUCUUUCCUUUUCUCUUCAUUUAUUCCCUUUUUUUUUCUUCAUUUAUUUCCUUCCUUUUCUCUUCAGUUAUUUCUUUCCUUUUUUCUUCAUUUAUUUCCUUCUUUUUUCUUCAUUUAUUUUCUUCAUUUUUUUUCAUUCAUUUCCUUCCUUUUCUCUUCAUUUAUUUCCUUCUUUUUUCUUCAUUUGUUUCCUUCCUUUUUUUUUUUCAUUUAUUUCUUUCCUUUUUUCUUCAUUUAUUUCCUUCUUUUUUUUCAUUUAUUUUUCUUCAUUUUUUCAUUCAUUUCCUUCCUUUUCUCUUCAUUUAUUUCUUUCUUUUUUCUUCAUUUGUUUCCUUCCUUUUUUCUUCAUUUAUUUCUUUCCUUUUUUCUUCAUUUAUUCCCUUCUUUUUUCUUCAUUUAUUUUCUUCAUUUUUUUUUCAUUCAUUUCCUUCCUUUUCUCUUCAUUUAUUUCAUUCUUUUUUCUUCAUUUGUUUCCUUCCUUUUUUCUUCAUUUAUUUCUUUCCUUUUUUCUUCAUUUAUUUCCUUCUUUUUUCUUCAUUUAUUUUCUUCAUUUUUUUUCAUUCAUUUCCUUCCUUUUCUCUUCAUUUAUUUCAUUCUUUUUUCUUCAUUUGUUUCCUUCCUUUUUUCUUUAUUUAUUUCCUUCCUUUUCUCUUCAUUUAUUCCCUUCUUUUUUUCUUCAUUUAUUUCCUUCCUUUUCUCUUCAUUUAUUUCUUUCCUUUUUUCUUCAUUUAUUUAAUUCUUUUUCUUCAUUUAUUUUCUUCAUUUUUUCAUUCAUUUCCUUCCUUUCCUCUUCAUUUAUUUUCUUCUUUUUUCUUCAUUCAUUCCCUUCCUUUUCUCUUCAUUUAUUUCCUUCUUUUUUUCUUCAUUUGUUUCCUUCCUUUUUUCUUCGUUUAUUUCCUUCCUUUUCUCUUCAUUUACUUCCUUCUUUUUUCUUCAAUUAUUUCCUUUUUUUCUUCAUUUAUUUCCUUCCUUUUUUAUUUUUAUUUUCGUCACUUAUUUUUCUCUUUUCGUAUUUAUUUUUCUUUUUUAUCUUCUUUCAUUAUUUAUUCACCUAA